GAUAAACAUGGAUGAGUUGCUUGAACAUGUUAAAAAUACAAUCAUAAAAAACGAAAUGGACGAUGAAAUAAUAAUCCUAAAUGUUGGUGGUGUUAAAUUUGAAACUACUCGUAGUUCUUUAAUUGCUCAUCCAGAAACAACACUAGGAAAAUUAUUUGAUCCUAAAAAUGCUGAACCACCCAAACCAAUUUAUCCUGGUGGUAACGAGUAUUUUAUCGAUCGAAAUGGUCAUGCUUUUUAUUACAUUCUAGAAUAUUACCGUACUGGUGAAAUCCUCUGGGAUGACGAAAUGUCCAAGUCCAAAGAAUUUCCUGUUACAAAACGGGCAAUUGAAUUGGAAAUAGAAUAUUUUAAGAUUCCAAUUAAUUCUGAAAAACGUGCUGCCCGUAAUUUACAACAAGGUGUUACAGUAAUCGAUAAAUUUUGUGAAAAAUUGAUACCUUUUAUUAACGAGGCGAUAAACAGAUUUAUUUCAGAAGUCAAAGUUGGAUAUUCUAAAGAUGGUGGAUUUUCCUUUUGUGAACCAUUUAAAAACUAUAAAGAUGGAGAGUGGUUUCUAGAGUUUAAUAAACAAGCCUAUGCAUUCUUAAACCAUGAAAAGGUUGUUAGUACAAUAGAAAAGCGACUGAAGAACUAUUUUCCUUCUAUUAAAGUAACAACUGAAUAUGGUAUAUAUGGAGUUUUGGUAGUUACAGAUUUCUUUGACAUUGAUACUAUAGUGGACAGUCUCGAAUAA